GAGGCGCGUGUAUGACUCGCAUGGGUGUGCCUCGCCACGUGUAGCGAUUCAGCCAAAGGCCGUCGGAGUUGCUGGCCAGAAGAGCCGCUGACGCCAAAUGCGAGCGCGUGGAAGAUGCAGCGGAUGGCCGGGCUGGGCAGGGCUUUGCUUCGCCCUUCUGAGGAGGGUGUUUCAGUCGCGCAGUUCUUUGGCUGCCAGCUGUCUCGUUUUCUUCACACCGGCCUUCCAGUUCUGGCAGCAAAAGAACUUCUGUUGAAGCUGAGGAAGAAAACCGGCUACUCAUUUAUUAAUUGCAAGAAAGCCUUGGAGAAGUUCAAUGGAAACCUCAAGGAGGCUGAAGUCUGGCUUCACGAGCAAGCUCAGAAGCAAGGAUGGAGCAAAGCUUCCAAACUGGAGGGGCGGAAGACAAAAGAAGGGCUGAUUGGGCUACUGAAGGAAGGCAACUCAGCUGUGAUGGUAGAGGUGAACUGUGAGACUGACUUUGUGGCCCGAAAUGCCAAAUUCCAACAUCUGGUUCAACAGGUUGCAAUUGGGAUGAUGCAGCAUUAUCAUGGGACUGUGGAGCAGCUAAGUACAUAUGCCAAGUGUUUCCUGAAAACCAAUGAGCUUUCUCAGCUCAAAUUGGGACCCAGUGGAUCCUUGCUUAGUGACCAGCUGGCUUUGACUAUUGGCAAACUAGGGGAGAACAUGGUUAUGAAAAGGGCAGUGUGGGUGUCUGUACCGGAGAAUUUCUUCAUUGGCUCUUAUGUGCACGGAGCACCCCCGUCAGGGAACCCGCUACUUUCUAAUAUGUUGUUUGGCAAGUACGGUGCCAUGGUGAUCUGCAGCCCCCCUGAGCCAUGUGACAAUUCAGACUUUGCUGAACUCGGCUGGAGGCUGGGCCAGCACGUGGUGGGCAUGGCUCCCCUCUCCGUAGGCUCACCAGAAGAUGAACCUGGCGACGAGUCUGAGACAAAGAUGCUCGCUCAGCCCUUCCUCUUGGAUCCUGCCAUCUCUCUGGGACAGUACGUUCAGCCCACGGGGGUGUCCGUGCUGGAUUUUGUGCGAUUUGAAUGCGGGGAGUAUACUGAGAUGGUGGAAGCAGAGUAAACAGUUUGUGUGUGCGUGUAGAAAAUGAACUGUUCUGGGAGCUACAUAUGGGCCCUGGUGGGGUUACAGAAUGAAUCCUGUGCUUGAGGGCCAAAGAAGCCAAUUGUUCUCCAUGGAAUCCUUUUUUCAAAGCCUGGAAAUGGUUCUUCGGUAUGUAAUUGACAAAAUGCAGCAAGUGGAUAUUGAUGAAAGCUGAAAAGGUACCUGGAGUCAUCUUGGAAUUAUGUUGCUGGUGACAGUGAGACCUGGAACUGGUGAUUCCAACAAGCUUGACUCGAUUACCGUAUUGUCUUUUUAAAAUGAUACCCUGACUAUUGCAAUUAAAUAAAACAAUUCUACCCCUGCAAA